CUUCUUCUCGGCGGGAGAGGCUCGGAUGGAAUGCGUCAGGCUCCAGUGAGACCUCCGGGGCUCCUUCCCCCGCGUCCUGCGGGUUUAAAGUGUCAGGCUCCAGAGAGACAUCCGGGGCUCCUUCCCCCGCGUCCAGCUGCGGGCUCCAAGUGUCGGUCAUAUGAGUGCCGCGUCCGGCCCGCCCUUCGCGGUGAUGCAGCGGCCACUCGGCAGCAGCAGCAGCGCCUUCAGCAUCGACUCUCUGAUCGGGGGGCCUCCGCCGCCCGGCCCGGGACACUUGGUGUACAGCGGCUACCCCAUGUUCAUGCCCUACCGCUCCGUGGUGCUGCAGCCGCCGCCGGCUCUCCCCGCCGGACACCCGCACGCCCACGGCUUCUGCUCCGGCCUGGCGCUCACUUCCACGCUGAUGGCCUCGCUCCCCGGGGGCUUCUCGCCCGGCCAGCAGCAGCAGCAGCAGCAGGAGGACGCGGGCCGGAAGCACGCGGAGAGCGCGCUGGCGGGAAAGGAGCGCGGGAACUCCGCCACAGCGCGGGGUCACGUGACUGCCGGCCAGCAGGACGUCGAAGAGGAGUGCGCGCGCAGGGACGACAUCUUCUCCAUGGACAGCGACGCGGACUACAGCUCGGACGACAACGCGGCCCAGCGGGGGGAGGACGCGGCGGCGGCGCCGCUCGAAGACGCGCCGCACGGCCACGGCUCGGGCGGCGCGGCGUCCGCUUGCCCCGCCACCGGCGCCGGCGGCGGCGGCAAGAACCGGCGGCGGCGCACCGCCUUCACCAGCGAGCAGCUGCUGGAGCUGGAGAAGGAGUUCCACUGCAAGAAGUACCUGUCACUCACCGAGCGCUCGCACAUCGCGCAUGCGCUCAAGCUCAGCGAGGUGCAGGUCAAGAUCUGGUUCCAGAACCGGCGCGCCAAGUGGAAACGCGUGAAAGCCGGCAACGUCAACAACAAGUCCGGGGAGCCGUCGCGGAACCCCAAGAUCGUGGUUCCCAUCCCGGUGCACGUCAGCCGCUUCGCCAUCAGGAGCCAACACCAGCAGCUGGAGCAGAGCCGACCUUAGGCGCAACAGAGCCGACCUUAGGCGCGCGGCCCGUCACCGGAAAUCAAACAAACUCUCACUGACUUGAUUCGUCCAACAAAAACAGGCCGCGACGCUCAAACGUCAAGAAAUGUACAUUUUAUUCCGUCUCUGAUUAAAAAACACAUCAGUGACAAUUUGAGUUCGAAUAAUUGUUGACGCAAAACGUCAAAAACACUCAACUUCCGGCCUCGGCCUCGAGCUGUGAUGAAGAUGAAGAUGAAGAAGAGAGCAUUUCUAACGAGAACGUCAGGAAAUAACGAAAGUUUUUUAUUUUUUUUUCUUCUCUUCGGAUAUGAAAUGUUUGCUUUCGUUUUGCCUUCUUCGAGUCCACACGUGCUGCUAGUUUCAUUUCAUUCAAGUUUCAAAUAAUUAAUUAUGUGUCAAUUAAACAC